AGUAAAACUAGCUUAACCUGCCCCCUUCAAGUCACUUCGUCUUUAGCUGCACUGUGCCUUGUGUUGCUAACAUUUUCUUCGUAGUGAUAACCUAUCUGGAGAUAACGAAACAUUUGUAUUUAGUCCAAUGUUUAUAAAUCAGUGACAGUCCUGAAACUACCGAAGGCACAGCUGGACAAUUGUAAACUGCGUUUACACUGCGUUUUAAAGCAACGUCAGCAGUCACUAACGCUGCACUGUACGCAGCUGUGUCAGUGAACGUCUACUGCUGAGUGGUAACGCAUGUCUUCCUCCUGCUCUCUGUCAGCUUUCAGUGCUCCAAAAAUGGAUCAAGACAACAAUUCAGAGGAUGAGUCUGUCGGCCCAUCGGAGAACCCUUCAGAAGAUGAACUACCCUCUCUGCCUCCAGGACUCUCGGAUGGUGAAGCAAUGGAGCUGCUUUGGCAGCUGCGGUCCCAGCGCCGCCAGGCGUCCCCUGAGCUCCCAGAGACGGUUUCCAUUCUAACGGCUCCGGACGGCAGCCUCCUCUACCUGGUGGGCACGGCCCACUUCAGCGACAGCAGCAAGCAGGAUGUGGCUAUGACGAUCCGCGCUGUGCAGCCAGACGUGGUGGUGGUGGAGCUGUGCCAGUACAGGGUGUCUAUGCUAAAGAUGGACGAGGCUACACUGCUGAGGGAAGCCAAAGACAUAAAUCUGGAUAAGGUUCAGCAGGCCAUCAAACAGAAUGGGCUGAUGUCCGGCCUCAUGCAGAUUCUCCUGCUUAAAGUUUCAGCUCACAUCACAGAGCAACUGGGUAUGGCUCCCGGAGGAGAGUUCAGAGAGGCCUUCAAAGAGGCUGGACAGGUACCGUUCUGUAAAUUUCACCUUGGCGACAGGCCGAUCCCCGUGACGUUCAAGAGAGCCAUCGCAGCUCUCAGUCUGUGGCAGAAAGCCCGUCUGGCAUGGGGUCUUUGCUUUCUCUCUGACCCAAUCAGUAAAGAGGACGUGGAGAAGUGCAAACAGAAGGACCUGCUGGAGCAGACCAUGUCAGAGAUGAUCGGAGAGUUUCCUGCUCUCCACCAAACCAUCGUGGCCGAGCGAGACAUCUACCUCACACACACACUCCGCCAGGCUACACGCUGUGUGGAGACCCCCAGUAAUGCCCAGAAAGUGCCUGCAGUGGUGGUGGGAGUCGUAGGGAUGGGUCACGUUCCUGGCAUCGAACGGAACUGGGAGAAGCAGCUCAACAUAACUGAAAUCAUGAGUGUGGCGCCGCCCUCACGUUUCGGCUGGGUGCUGCGUACGGUCAUAAAGGGCGUGGUGAUGGGGAUGCUUGGAUAUGCCUGCUACCGUGCUGGAGGGAGUCUGGGCCGAACCGUGCUGUCUUUACCUGCAGUCGAAUCUUUACUGGAGACUAUACGGCCACCCCCUCUUAGCCCACAUGACCUUUGACCUAUUAACAGUAUGCAUUUUUCACCAAUGGCCUUAAAAACAGGUGGUUGGGCUGGGGGAAAGGUUUCAUCAGCCCACGAUAUGAACUAACAAGGACCUCAGGGGGUUAACACCCCCCACCUCGUAUUGAUUCCCCUGUACACGCAGCAGGGCCGUACUGCC